GUUGGAGGCAAAUUUUUUAGAUAGGUGUCACUGAGAUAAUCAUAUAGCAUAUUUUUUUUUUGUAUCCAAUGCCAAUUUUAAUACUUUCAGACGUAUAAAUACAUUCAGAUGUAUUUUUGCGACAUCAAUCUGCAAUUAAUGGCUGCUGAUGUGCAACACAUCAUAAUUUUAUGUCUGUGGAUGGUAAGGAAAUGCUGCAGUCCAGAGUCUAACAGCUUGAGCAGUUUCCCUUCUUUAGAUUAAACUGCAUCAUCGCUAAGUUGGUAUGUGUUAAUAUCUAAAACAUGUUCCAUUAUUGGCUUACAUUUGCUUCUUUUUGUCUACAGGAAAGCAAGUCUGUAGGUGCUGAAGUAAAUUGGGGUGUGAGGUUCAACGAUUUGAAAGAUUGUCAGCAUUUUCUCAUGAACCUUUGCAAGGAGGUCUCAUUGCGUUUGCAGGGAUGUACGGUGCAAGGGCGCUGUUUUACCCUUAAGAUAAAGAAGAGAAGAAAUGACGCUGAGCCAGUGAAGUAUAUGGGUUGUGGAGACUGUGAGAACCUAAGCCACUCUAUAACGGUUCCCAUGGCUACUGAUGAUGUAGAGCUAAUCCAAAGGAUAACCACACAGCUCUUUGGUUCUUUUCAUAUAGGUAAGUCAGCUUUGACUAAGGCCUCGUUUGGGAACAGGCUAAUUUAGUAAUUUUUUGGCUAAUUGGCUAAAAAGGUAGGCAAAAA